AUGGGUGAGCUAACCAUCACUUUGGACGACGUCUCCUCUCUUCUUCAUCUUCCCGUUAUAGGCGAAUUUCACGCAUUUGAGCCCUUGCACGUGGAUGAUGCGGUUCAGAUGCUGGUGGACUUGCUGAUGGUGUCUCCAGAGUCUGCUAAGGCUGAGACAGUCCAAUGUCGCGGACCAUACGUACGCCUGCAAUGGGUACGUGAUGUAUAUCAGUGCCGAUGCCAGGCAGGUCAUUGGACAGCUGCGGCUCGUGCAUAUCUUCUUCACCUGCUGGGUUGCACUCUGUUUGCUAACAAGAGUGCAACCAAUGUCCAUGUUGUCUACUUGGAGGCCAUUCGGGACCUCAGUAUGACAGAUAGGUACGGUUUGGGAGUGGCUGCUUUGGUUCAUAUGUACGACCAGCUGAACGAUGCAUCCAUGAGCCACAGUCGACAGCUUGGCGGUUACAUCACAUUACUGCAGUGCUGGAUUUACGAGCACUUUCCCUCAGUUGCAGAGUCCACCGCUGAUCAGGACUACGACGAGGCUUCUCCGCGUGUGUGCAGGUGGAUUGCGACGAAGAAGACCGUGAAGAGCAUUCGCACGCCGUCGUAUAGGGAGCGCCUGGACCGACUCCGGAUUUCGGAUGUCUGUUGGAUCCCGUAUGGGGAGCAUCGGGAGGUCCGGGACUUCCACGUCAGAUCAUGCUACUCCGGUCUCUUGCGUUGGGGGCCUGUUGCUGUGUAUUACCGACCAGAGAGGGUCGUGCGGCAGUUUGGUUACACGCAGACCAUUCCUGCUCCUCCUGUCGAUUCAUGGGUCUCGUAUGAUGAUAUACAUGACAGGUGGAUGCACUACGAGGAUCAUAUUGUACCUACAGGUGAGGUGUGCGUCGUGGCAGGGGCGUGCUUCAAUGACUACAUCGACUGGUUCUUCCGCAUCUCCCAUCCUUUCAUGACACCAGGCCACGCAGUAGAUCCUCUGCCUCAUGGUCAUGCCCCGCAGCCCCGAGUCAUCCCUCAGGCCCCGCAGACAGAUAUCCCUCGCGUGCCGGAGCCAGGAGCAUCGUCGACAUCUACGGAGGAGCCCAGACAUGCAGAAGUUUGUGAUGACAUUGCUGAGCGGUUGGAGCGCCAUCUGAGUCUAGGGGUGGUCACUCCUGGCUCAUCGACACAUGAGAUAUUGUACAUUAACUCAUUUCAUGAGUAUUGUUGA